AUGACGACCUCAACUUUACGAACAACCCAGGAUCUCAAGAUUCCUACUAUAACCCAAGAACAAGUAGCCCAAAUCGUCCAAUCUAAUGGGCCAGAGAAAAAGCGCAUAGUUGCUCUUCUAUCCUUCGAGUUACUGAAGACCGGGGUCGAUCCACUACAUAUGCACCAUAAAGCCGUCUCGAUGUUAGAAACAACUAAUUGGAGUUCUAACUCUGGUCGUAUUCUGGCAGCGAACUUGGCCCGCUGUUAUAACGAGGGUGUUCAACGGGUCCCGGAUGUAAGACCACCCGAUUAUGCCACCCAAACGGCAGUUGAGUCCUCUACUCCUCCUGGCUCACCGCCGAUAUCACGAUUGGUCUUCUCGGCUCUGAGUUCAAGAUCUUCAGAUGCGAUGUCCAUAUCAGGUUCGUCACUAAACGACGACCAUCUAAACCCGUUGGAUAAACCGCUACCGGAGCUUCCAGGAUCCUAUGGGGAUUUCGAUGUCAAUCUUCUAUAUUCAGAUUAUAGAUUGACGGUGAACACUAGUACGCCGCUAAGACACCCCCCAACGAUUCCUGAAGAAGGAGAAGAAGACACUUCUUCUAUAUCGGAGCUCGAAGAUUCUAGCCCUAGUACUCCGAAGCAAGAAGAUUAUACAGAUCACCGCAACAUAAAUAAUGAAGGAGAACGGCUGGACAACGGCUUCAAUCUGGAUUAUGCGGAUGAUGGUAUCGAGAAAGGUACUACCACGCAUGUACAACGUACCAGCUUGUGGGAAUUGAAGGAAGUUCUUGAAGAGUUGCAGUGUGAUAAGGAUUAUAUCGCCACUCUUCUGACUUCGGCGCAUGUACAGGGCAAAAAGGCGGACUUGACUUAUGUUCGGUUGAAGUUGGAUUAG